AGUAUUGUUCCUGUUCUCUUUCUUAAGUCAUUCGAAACACUGUCCCUGCGAGUUCUUUAAGUUCCCUGCAGUCUGCACACGAGAAAAAGAGGGAGAGAGGGAGAGGCACAGAGAGAGCAGGGGACCAGGUAAAGCCCGGGGGCUGCUGCAGCCACUCAGACUCAGGAGCUGGCCUCACUUAAACCUCCUUCUCUGAUGGUGGCUGGUCGUAAGUGGGAGAAUGAGAUAACCAGACGAGCACCACCACCCUCAAUGGCAGCAUUUAUGGAGGAGUCACUAUCACGUUUGGGGCCUGCCGAGAGCUCUACAGACAUCCUUCCACUUAAUCCUCCCGUUCUAAGAAAAACAUUGCCAAGGAUGCAGAAGGAAAUGAAGAUGAUCAAAGAUGAGGAUGCGCAUUUCAACCUGGGUGUGAAGAGGCCCCCCUCUUUCCCCCACUGCCUGCAGCCAGUGGUUUCCCGGGGCAAAGCUCCCCAAAGACACCCCUUCCCAGAAGCUCUCAGGGGGCCUUUCUCCCAGUUCCGGUACGAACCUCCUCCCGGAGACCUGGAUGGCUUCCCGGGGGUCUUUGAAGGAGGAGGGUCCCGGAAACGCAAGAGCGUGCCCACCAAGAUGCCCUACACCCACCCCUCUGAGGAAGCCGCCCUGGGCCUCCACUCCGAGGAGAGCAAACUCCAUGGCCACCCGAACUUCCCUCUGCUGUUCCCGCAGCCCCCGCGCCCCAAAUACGACUCGCAGAUGAUCGACCUGUGCAACGUGGGCUUCCAGUUCUACCGCAGCCUGGAGCCCCUGGGCGGCAAGCGCGUCAAGCAGGAGCCGGUGAAUCACUACCCCAAGGUGCCCCCGGGCCUCCUGUUCCCCUUCUUCGUGCCCACAGCCUCCCCGUUCCCCUUCAGCCGGCACGCCUUCCUGCCCAAGCAGCCCCCCGACCCGCUGCUGCCCCGCAAGGCGGAGCCCCCGGAGGGCGAGGAGGCCAAGCAGAAGGUGGAGCGGAUGGACGUGAACGUGCAGAUCGACGACAGCUACUACGUGGACGUGGGCGGGGCGCAGAAGCGCUGGCAGUGCCCCACCUGCGAGAAGUCCUACACGUCCAAGUACAACCUGGUCACGCACAUCCUGGGCCACAGCGGGAUCAAGCCGCACGCGUGCACCCGCUGCGGGAAGCUCUUCAAGCAGCUCAGCCACCUGCACACGCACAUGCUCACGCACCAGGGCACGCGGCCCCACAAGUGCCAGGUGUGCCACAAGGCCUUCACCCAGACCAGCCACCUGAAGCGCCACAUGAUGCAGCACAGCGAGGUGAAGCCGCACAACUGCCGCGUGUGCGGCCGGGGCUUCGCCUACCCCAGCGAGCUCAAGGCCCACGAGGCCAAGCACGCCAACGGGCGCGAGAACAUCUGCGUGGAGUGCGGCCUCGACUUCCCCACCCUGGCGCAGCUGAAGCGGCACCUCACCACGCACCGCGGGCCCAUCCAGUACAACUGCUCCGAGUGCGACAAGACCUUCCAGUACCCGAGCCAGCUGCAGAACCACAUGAUGAAGCACAAGGACAUCCGGCCCUACAUCUGCUCCGAGUGCGGCAUGGAGUUCGUGCAGCCCCACCACCUGAAGCAGCACUCGCUCACCCACAAGGGUGUGAAGGAGCACAAGUGUGGGAUUUGCGGGCGGGAGUUCACUCUGUUGGCCAACAUGAAGAGACACGUGCUGAUCCACACCAACAUCCGCGCCUACCAGUGUCACCUCUGUUACAAGAGUUUUGUGCAGAAACAGACCCUCAAGGCACACAUGAUCGUCCACUCUGACGUGAAGCCUUUCAAAUGCAAGCUAUGCGGGAAGGAGUUCAACCGGAUGCACAACCUGAUGGGCCACAUGCACCUGCACUCUGACAGCAAACCCUUCAAGUGCCUCUACUGCCCCAGCAAAUUCACCCUGAAGGGGAACCUGACUCGCCACAUGAAAGUCAAACACGGUGUCAUGGAGCGGGGCCUCCAUUCUCAAGGUUUUGGAAGGGGGAGACUCGCCCUGGCGCAGGCGGGGGUCCUGAGGAGUCUGGAGCAGGAGGAGCCCUUCGACCUGUCCCAGAAGCGCCGGGCCUUCCAGUCUGACGGGGAGAGCGCCAGGGGCAGCUCCUGCCACGAAGAGGAGGAUGAGGACCACUGCUGCGAGGUGGAGCGGGACAGCCCAGGUCCGGCCUCGCGGAGCAGGCAGCGCUGCGUGCCCCAGGAUCUCUCCACCAAGCCGGAGACGGCCCCCCGGGCGCCCCAGGAAGCCUGCGAGGAAGAGGAGGAGGAGGAGGAGGAGGAGGAGGCGGCCGUGCAGAAGGAAGGACGCCAGGAGAAGAGCAAGGACAGCCAUGGGGCAGAGGGCGGCCAGGAGAGAGAUGGCGCCCGCAGAGAGGAGUGUCCCAGCCUCAGGGCGCUGCAGAGCGCACGGCGGGGGGCCUCCUUUUCUGAUUACUUGUAUUUCAAGCACAGAGAUGAGACUUUAAAAGAAUUACUGGAGAGGAAAAUGGAAAAACAAGCAGUGCUUUUAGGUAUCUAAGUGGAGAGUUUUAGAAUUACACUUGGAAAUGAGACGCAGGCAGUUCAAAUAUAGCUUUCUGCACGAGCUGUCAUUCGCUGGCGACUGGCGACUGGCUCGCAUCUUCACAGAUGGCUCAGACUCCGUGAGCAGGGGCGUCCUCAGCCAGGGAAAUGCUUCCCGGGUCAUUCCGGGCCCUUGAUUUUUAACGUCUCUCCGGUGUUAUUUCUGCCUCUCCAAUGCGAGACGCUGUGCACAUUCUUCUAGGCAUCUGAUUGUAGGCCGAUGCUGAGGUGCUUAUAGAAAUCCUACUUUUCUUUGACUACUAUACAAGGUAAAUUUCUUUCAAGUGGCAAAACUAUGGUGCUUGACAUGAUUCCUAAUUAAUGACUGUUUAGUUGAAUGUGUGAAAGUUACAAUAUUUUUUCAGAUAGAUGAAAAUAUGAGUAGUUGUAUAUAUAAAAGUUGCCUUUAUUAAAAAACAAACAAACGAACAAAAAAACACAAAAAUACCAGGAAUGACACAGGAGUUAUUGAAAAGGAGUGUUCUCAUAUAGUCAUUGCAGAAAUAAGACAAAGUUUCAAGAGAAAAUGAAUAAUUUUGAC